AUGCAUAAAUCAACUGCAGGUCAAUUGUAUGAAAAAUAUGCGGAAAAACUGAAGUUGAAAACUAAAGUUAAAAUAAAGAUUGCAGAUUUUAAAUCUUUAGAAGAUAAGUUCUUAUUGUUUUCUUCAAUUUUUUCCAUAGAUGUUGAAUCAGUAGGUACCGAGUCAUAUGCAAAUAGAGUUUUUUUAAAGAACAAUGAAGAUCCGUGUUCAUCUAUUACUCCUACAGGUCCUAGUGUAUCUGGAUCACCACUUCCUAAAAGAACUAUCCCUGCCUGUAUACAGUUAAAUCCAAGGAAUACCACAACAGAAACCAGGAACCAAGCUUACCAGGAUAUUACAAGUGGCUUAAGAAAUGUAAAACCUUGUAUUGAAUUUACCGAAGCCAUGGUAACAGCCAAAAUCUACACGCUACGGACCCAGUAUACUAGCGAAAGAAAAAAAAUAAGGAAGAGCGAAAUAAGUGGUGCAUCUCCUGACGAAAUUUUUGUUCCAAAAUUAUGGUGUUUCGAAAUUCUAAGGUUUUUAGAUGAUGCUGAGGUCAUAGUUGAAGGACAAUCUAAUCUUGAUUUAGCCAACACAGAAACGGAAGAGGAAGGUAAUGUACUGUUCAAGGGCAGCAUUGAUGAUGCUUCAAGACUAUUUACAACAAAUUUUGAAGUUAAUUAA